AUGCAGUCCUUUCGGGAGCAAAGUAGUUACCACGGAAACCAGCAGAGCUACCCGCAGGAAGUGCACAGUUCAUCCCGACUGGAAGAGUUCAGCCCCCGCCAGCAGGCCCAGAUGUUCCAGAGCUUUGGAGGAGGUGCUGGCAGUGGACGUCGUGGAGCAGCAGGAGCCUCUACAGCAAUGCCUGGUGAGAGCUCUGGCCAUCAGAGCUACCAAGGUUUCAGAAAAGAAGCAGGAGAGUUUUACUAUAUGGCUGCCAACAAAGAUCCAGUGGCAUCAGGAGGGCAGCAGCCACCUCAGCGCAGGCCCUCUGGACCAGUACAGAGCUAUGGGCCCCCUCAAGGGAGUAGCUUUGGGAGUCAGUAUGGGAGUGAGGGACAUGUGGGCCAGUUUCAAACACAGCACUCGACCCUUGGGGGUGUAUCCCACUAUCAGCAGGAUUAUACUGGUCCUUUUUCUCCAGGGAGUGCUCAGUAUCAGCAGCAGACUUCUAGCCAGCAGCAGCAGGUGCAGCAGCUGAGACAGCAAAUCUAUCAGUCUCACCAGCCUUUACCCCAGGCUUCCAGCCAGUCUGCUUCUAGCACCUCACACUUGCAGCCAAUGCAGCGUCCAUCCAACCUGCCUUCCUCUGCUUCUGGGUACCAGUUACGAGUGGGCCAGUUCAGCCAACACUAUCAGCCACCUUCGUCAUCCUCCUCCUCCUCUUUCCCCUCCCCACAGCGUUUUGGCCAGUCAGGCCAGAAUUAUGAUGGGAGCUACAGCGUGAAUUCUGGGUCGCAGUAUGAAGGCCAUGCUGUGGGUUCCAAUGCACAGGCGUAUGGGACCCAGUCAAACUACAGCUUUCAGAAUCAGCCAAUGAAAAGCUUUGAACAAUCUAAGCUGCCCCAAAGUGGUCAGCAGGGACAGCAGCAGCAGCAGCAGCAUCCACCUCAGCAUGUAAUGCAGUAUUCAAAUGCUGCCACCAAGCUCUCUCUUCAAAGUCAAGUGGGACAGUACAGCCAGACUGAAGUUCCUGUAAGGUCACCAAUGCAGUUCCAUCAAAACUUCAGUCCAAUCUCUAAUCCAUCUCCUGCUGCAUCUGUGGUUCAGUCUCCAAGCUGCAGUUCUACCCCUUCUCCACUCAUGCCAGGUGGGGAAAACAUCCAGUGUGGGCAAGGCAACAUGUCCAUGGGUUCUAGAAACCGAAUCCUACAGAUGAUGCCUCAGCUUAGUCCUACACCAUCUAUGAUGCCAAGCCCCAAUGCCCAUGCAGGGGGAUUCAAGGGGUUUGGGCUGGAAGGAUUGCAGGAAAAAAGGCUCACAGAUCCAGGGCUGAGCAGCCUGAGUGCCCUGAGUUCUCAAGUGGCCAAUCUGCCCAACACAGUCCAGCACAUGUUGCUCUCGGAUGCCUUGGCACCUCAGAAAAAAAGUUCCAAAAGGUCAUCUUCUUCAAAGAAGGGUGACAGCUGCACCAACUCAGAAGGCUCCCAGGCAGAGGAGCAGCUCAAGUCUCCCUUGGCAGAGUCCCUUGAUGGUGGUUGUUCCAGUAGUUCAGAGGAUCAUGGGGAGAGGGUGAGACAACUGAGUGGCCAGAGCACCAGCUCAGACACCACUUACAAAGGGGGUAACGUAGAGAGAUCCAACUCCUCACCAGCACAAGCCUCUCAGAAUGAGCCAUCAAAACUUAGCAGCAGCCCUGCAGCUAGGGAAGACGUGGCAUCUCCUGAUGGGAAGGAAGCUGUGGUGGCUGUGGAAAAUGCCCCAAAAGUGAACGAAAAGGCAGUUGGGGUGAUUGUCUCCCGGGAAGCCAUGGCAGGAAGAGUAGAAAAGUCAGGUGGGCAAGAUAAACCUGCACAAGAUGAUACUUCCACAGCCACUCAGGCACCAGCUAGUGCUAGUUCAGUGAAGGAAGCUGGGCAUGCAGGGACACAGCCAGAAACUCAAGGAGGAAGUAAAGGAAGCAAAAGUGGAGAUAACACUAACCAUAAUGGAGAGGGCAACAGCCAGCCUGGUCAUGCAGUUGGGCCAAGUUUUCCUGCAAGAACAGAACCUUCCAAAUCUCCUGGCAGUGUAAGAUACAGUUACAAAGAUAAUCUAGCAACCGGUCUACAGAGGAAUAUUGGUGGCUUUCCACAGUAUCCUUCUGGUCAAGAAAAGGGGGAUUUUCCAGGGCACAGUGAGCGCAAAGGCCGCAAUGAGAAGUUUCCUAGCCUCCUACAGGAGGUCUUACAGGGGUACCACCAUCACCCAGACAGAAGGUAUUCUAGGAAUGCACAGGAACAUUCUGGGAUGGCUGGGAGUUUGGAGGGAGCCAUGAGGCCAAAUAUCUUAAUUAGUCAAAGCAAUGAACUGACCAAUAGAAGCUUAUUAAAUAAAAGCAUGGGGUCUCUCUUGGAAGGCCCUCACUGGGGUCCCUGGGAUAGGAAGUCUAGCAGUGCAGCUCCUGAUAUGAAGCAGAUAAAUCUAGCUGAUUACCCUCUUGCUAGAAAGUUUGAUAUGGAGUCACAAUCUUCUGCCCAUGAAGCGGGGACACUCUCAGAGAGGAGAUCAGUGAUCUGUGACAUAUCUCCAUUAAGGCAACUUGUCAGAGAUCCUGGCCCUCACCCAAUGGGCCACAUGGGUCCUGAGGGCAGAAGUGGAAGGAGUGAACGUCUUGCCCCUGGCUUGAGUCAGUCAGUAAUACUCCCUGGGGGUUUAGUAUCCAUGGAAACAAAAAUGAAAGCUCACAGUGGGCAAAUAAAAGAAGAAGAUUUUGAACAGGCUAAGAGCUCAGCUAGUCUCAAUAAUAAAAAAACAGGAGACCAUUGUCAUCCUGCUGGCAUCAAGCAUGAAUCUUUCAGAGGCAAUGCAAGCCCUGGAGCUGCAGUCUCUGAUGCUGCUCCAGACUACAUUCCCCAGCAGGACAGCAGAUCGACACAGAUGAGACGAGCACCUGGCAGAACUGGAAGCAGCAGGGGUAAAUCACCUUCUCAAUAUCACGAUCUUGCUGAUAAGCUGAAAAUGUCACCAGGCAGAAGCAGAGGCCCAGGGACAGAUCUGCAUCACAUGAACCCACACAUGACACUAUCUGAAAGAGUUAAUAGGGCUUCCUUGCAUUCUGCUUAUCCUCAGAAUUCAGAAGGCCCAUCUUUGGCUUCAGCAUAUCACACAAAUGCUAGGUCUCAUGCUUUUGGUGACCCUAACCAGAGUUUGAAUUCCCAGUACCAUUAUAAGAGGCAGAUAUACCAGCAACAGCAAGAAGAAUACAAAGAUUGGGCAAGCAGCGCUGCUCAGGGUGUGAUUGCUGCAGCUCAGCACAGGCAGGAAGGAGCAAGAAAGAGCCCAAGACAGCAACAAUUUCUGGAUAGAGUAAGGAGUCCCUUAAAAAAUGACAAGGAUGGAAUGAUGUACCUUCAAGGGAGCUCUUAUCAUGAUACUGGGAUUCAGGAAGCUGGGCGCUGCGUCAUGGGGGGCGACAGCGCUCCGAGCAAGUGCACCGAACUAAAACACGGCAAUCAGAAGUUGCAGCAUCAUGAAUCUGGCUGGGACCUCUCUCGGCAAACUUCUCCUGCCAAAAGCAGUGGCCCUCUUGGAGCAGCCAACCAAAAAAGAUUUUGUCCUCCAGAAAGCGAUGGGCAUCGCAGAGAGGAAUCUACAGAUUUGCCCAAGCCUAGUAAUGCUAUGCUCAGGCUCCCUGGCCAGGAAGAUCCAUCUCCUCAAAAUCCGUUAAUUAUGAGGAGGAGAGUCCGUUCUUUCAUCUCUCCUAUCCCUACCAAAAGACAACCACAGGAUAUGAAAAAUAGUGGUGGUGAAGAUAAAGGGCGAUUGAUGACUUCAGCAAAAGAAGGGGUUGAUAAAACGUACAACUCCUAUGCCCAUUCAUCUCAAAGUCAAGAUGUUAGCAAGUCAGUUGCAAAGGGAGAUUCCUUCAAGAACCUGCCAAGUCCUGAUAAUAGGAAUUGUCCUGCUGUUUCCCUCACGAGCCCAGCUAAGACCAAAAUACUGCCCCCAAGAAAGGGGCGAGGAUUAAAACUGGAAGCUAUUGUUCAAAAAAUCACAUCUCCCAAUAUUCGGAGAAGUGCUUCUACCAACAGUGCUGAAACUGGUGCAGAUACUGUCACUCUUGAUGACAUCCUGUCCCUUAAGAGUGGAUCUGAAGGAGGAAAUGGACCAGAGGCUGAGAAGAGAAAAGGAGAGAUGUCAGAUCAAGCGGGACCAGCAAACCAGGAUACAGCUGGUGAAACAACUCUUCCAAGAUCUUCCGAAGAGUGGCAAAGUAGUGAGGAUGAUAAAACCAAAAAAGAUGUCCCUGAAACUGCCAGUGUUGGUAAAGAAGGAGCAGGAUCUAGUGCAGCACCACCACUUUCUCAAAAAUCAGGUGGUCAGGGAAGGUCUGAUGGAUCUGUAAGUGGAGCUGGAUCUCUAACCUUUUCAGACUCAAAAACAAUUCCUCCUUCCAGUGUGUUUACUUCUGAACCAAAUCCAAAGUCUGAGGAGAAAGAUGGAGAUGUAACAAACAUUUCACCCAAGCCAGAUGGAUUCCCUCCAAAGGGCUAUUUUCCCUCUGGAAAGAAAAAGGGGAGGCCAAUUGGGAGCGUGAACAAGCAGAAGAAGCAGCAGCAGCAACAGCAGCAACUGCCACCACCCCCACCACCCCCACCAGUACCAUCACAGCCUGCAGAAGGGGUAGGUGGUGGUGAGCCAAAGCCGAAGAGGCAAAGGAGAGAGAGGCGAAAACCUGCAGCUCAGCCACGGAAGCGGAAGCCUAGAAGGGCUGCUCCGAUUGUGGAGCCUCAAGAACCAGAGAUCAAGCUUAAAUACGCCACUCAGUCCGUAGAUAAAACUGACUCCAAGAAUAAGUCCUUUUUCCCUUAUAUCCAUGUGGUAAACAAGUGUGAAUUAGGCGCAGUGUGCACAAUCAUUAACGCAGAGGAAGAGGAGCAGAACAAAUUGGUGAGGGGUCGGAAAGGACAGAGGUCUUCGACACCCCCUCCUAGCAAUGCAGAAAGCAAAGCGCUGCCCACUUCGACUUUCAUGCUGCAGGGCCCUGUAGUAACAGAGUCUUCUGUCUUAGGGCAUCUGGUUUGCUGCCUGUGUGGCAAAUGGGCCAGCUAUCGUAACAUGGGUGACCUCUUUGGUCCUUUCUACCCCCAGGAUUAUGCAGCCACCUUGCCCAAGAACCCACCUCCAAAGAGGGCCACAGAAGUGCAGAGCAAGGUCAAGGUACGGCACAAAAGUGCUUCUAAUGGUUCCAAGACAGAUACAGAAGAGGAGGAGGAACAGCAACAACAGAAGGAACAAAGAAGCCUAGCUGCUCAUCCCCGCUUUAAGAGGCGGCACCGCUCUGAGGACUGUAGUGGAGCCUCUCGGUCACUUUCAAGGGGAGCUUCUUGUAAAAAAGCAACCACUGAUGGUGGCAGUGGUGGUGAAAAGACUCCUUUGGACUCAAAACCCUCUAUGCCCACUUCAGAAGGUGGCACUGAGCUGGAGUUACAAAUUCCUGAACUACCUCUUGACAGCAAUGAAUUUUGGGUCCAUGAGGGUUGUAUUCUCUGGGCCAAUGGGAUCUACCUGGUCUGUGGCAGGCUCUAUGGGCUGCAGGAAGCUGUGGAGAUUGCAAAAGAGAUGAAAUGUUCCCAUUGCCAGGAACCAGGAGCCACCUUAGGCUGCUACAACAAAGGCUGCUCCUUCCGAUACCAUUACCCAUGUGCCAUCGAUGCAGAUUGUUUACUAAACGAAGAGAAUUUCUCAGUGAGGUGCCCCAAGCACAAGCCCCUCCUUCCUUGCUCUCUUCCCUCCUUGCAGAACAAGAUGGUGAAAGGCAGCCUCAGCACAGAGCAGUCGGAGCGGGGGUGA